CUGUAAAAUAUGCUUUUGUUUGUUAUUGUUUCAUUUUUGUGCUGCUGCUGUUGAUGAUGAUGAUGAUGUUUGUUACAGUGCCGGAUCCAGACUUUGAGAUAAGGGGGGGGGUGGUCAUCCAGACUCUUAGAUAAGGGGAGGGGAGACUGGUCUCGCAAAAAAAUUUUUCCGGCCCUUCGGGCCUUAGUUUGGUCUAAAAAUAGAGGGGGGAGGGGCGGGCCUGCCGGACCCCUUCCCUGGAUCCGCCACUGUGUUAACUUGGAAUCGUAUCUUGUUGAUGUUAUAGUUACACCCCUGGACUAAAAGAGGUGAAAAGAUUCUUGGUGGAAGAUCAGGUAAAUCUCUCCCUCCAUUUUCCCUCAGCGUUCUGGUAUGCUCAUUUUUGUUUCGUCUCUACUGCACAGUUUGUUUCGUUGCCAGUUAUAAAUGAAUCUUCUCCUGGAAAUAGCUACACCUUUUUUCUUUACACCUUUCUUACAACCUUUGUAACUUCAGUGUAAAAAAGUUUUAUCAGAAUCCUUAAGGGCUUAGGAGUUGUUAUAAUGAGUCCUUAUAGAUUGUUUUUACUAACGUCCACCCUUCCUCUCUGUAACACAUUUUGUAGUAAACUUCAUAAGCCGAUUUUAGUCGAGAGAGUGCUCUUUUGAACUAGUCUGGAACAGUUUUUGACUAAGAAGCGGUUUAUUACCCCAUCUUAACUUUUACCUAAGAGUGACCAACAUUAAUUUUCUCCCAACAGGAAAGGUUAUGCGAAUUGAUUAAAAUGAGGUCCAAAGGAAAUGUUCUUUGCGAUUUUAUCAGAUUCUCUCAAUUAACUCUUUAAGGCAAUGUAUAGCCUGAGAAAACAGCCGACAUUCCGCGACGCCACCUCUGGUUUCCCUGCGAAAUGACGUCUGAGAAACGAGCGGAGAAAUUCCAUACUGAUGACGCGUCACUACCCAGAUCUGGGUAGUGCUUCUGAUUAGCUUAAAAUUUGGUUCAUCCAAUCAAAGCUCUUCCCAGAUCUAGGUAGUGACACGUCAUCAGUAUGAAAUUUCGGCAGUCGUUCCAAAGACGUCAUUUCGCGGGGAAACCAUUGGUGGCGUUGCAUAAUGUCGGCUGUUUUCUCCGGCUAGGCAAUGUAUGGAGACUAGUGUGUAGAAUUUGUAUCUAGAUAUUUGGACUUAAAGGGUUAAGUGGGGUCUGGGCCCAGCAGUAGCCAUAAUAUUGUGGAAAACGGCCCAACUGUCUCCCUCCCCCACUCAAAGUUUGCACUCACUUCUCACUUUGGGCAAAAUGUUGGUUUAGGCAAGGGGUGGUUGGGGAGUUUCCCAGAAUCUUAUACUGACCCCCGUACCCUCCCCGUGGAUCCACCGUUGCUUCAGUGAGUAUACGUAUACAUGAAAGCGCAAACUUUGCGAAGCGAAAAUUGUCUGUAAAUGUUGAUGUGGCUUACGUUUGAUUUAUUUUCUGCUUGGUUUUUAUUCUGAAUUAUUCUAUUUUACCAGGGAAUGGGUAUAUAUUUGUUUGGCGAAUUGAUCAUUUCCCAGCAACCAAAACAACGUACUCUUGUGGACGAAGUACUGGAAGAGAUUGGUGGAGAGAUGGAUAGAUGUACAUACCAAACCGUCAAGGACAUGCUGGAGGGAAAUGACUAGGCGAGGAUAAACAAACACAACAACUCAUGUUAUCUGAGAAUGCUCGAAGUUAAAGUAGAAAAAUUCCCUUCGAAAAUUUUGUAAGGUGUGAAAAUAGACAGUAUGGAGGAAAAUAUGGCACUUUUUUCUGCCAUGCAGUUGGGCUUAGCCUUCAAGCUCAACUUAAAAUUAAGCAGAUAUGUCGUUGUUGUCUGGGAUUGAGGGGUUAAAUGAUGGUGUAGUGCUAUCAGAAAUAUUUGGGUACCAAAUUACACUUUGCUCAAAGUAAAUGAUGAUUUUCUGACACCCCCUCCAAACACUUUUAAGGUCUGCUAGUAUACUUUCGUAUUGAGUCUUGAAGAACUGCUGAGGGACUGACAAUUUUGGUCCGUACCUACCUAUGUAAGCUGCCCUGUGCACAAUGAAGCUGUUUGUCAUGUUCAAGUUGAUCUUCUACUCAAUACAAGACAUCAAAAGCCAUUGUUUCACGUGCUUAGUAGUUGUAAAAACGGUGAUUUUUCGAAAACAAAGGUGUUGAUCAAGAUGUUUGGAGGGUUAAAUAAUCAUUAUACAAUUUAUCUUAUUAAUAUUUUCAUUUCAGAAUAGUAGUUAUACUAGUUAGGAGCCGUUCUAAGGGAACCUACCAUGUUGUUCCAACUGCAUCCAAAAUUGUUGGAUGCAACAUUAUGGUGGAUUUGUCCAGACCGCUUCUUGAGCGAUGUUGGAUACAUGCGUUAUGGACAAAACGUGAGGUUAAGAUGAAUGGAUAUUUAAACUCACUAAAAGAACGAGGCCCAGCAUUGGGCAUCUUGGCCUUACAAGUUUGGUCGUGAAAGGAUUCAUCAUAUGUCAAAACAAUGUCUUUUCAUGUGGGAGAAAGCGGAGUUCCCCAGUUGAUAAUAUCGACCGUUCUUGCCAGGGAAUAGCCAGCUGCUAGCACACUGGAUUCGAUUAAUCUUGCCUCGCCUGCGAAACCAACCAUAAGCUGUUGGUUAAAGUUAGUUCUGGUUUAAAAGAGUUUAAAUUUGUGAGUCUGGUCAAACUUGGGCGAGCAUAUCAUAUACGUUAGUUGACGUCACGGGACCAUUUUCGUUGAUAAGAAAGAGAGCGUUUUUCUACCGCCGGGAACAAAAGUAUUUUUGUUUUGUUUUGUCAACCAACAUGACCGCCCUGUUACUUGAUUGCAAACUAAGAAUAGGCCAGUUUCGAAUAGACCCUUCCACGGUUUUUUCAACGUUUGACCGUCAAAUUUUCGCAAACUGGUCCCAUACUGGGACCAGUUGGCGAAAAUCCCUCAACACGGCUAAAAAGAACGCUUCGAAAUAAGUAAAGUUGCCAAGUUUGAAAGUGAUAUGUUGAAAACUAACGAGGAUAUAGCUCUGCAAAUUAAAUCGCGCAAUUUUACAAACGUUUUCUGACGAGGAGCAAGUUCGUGCCUACCACCAUACAAACGUCUCCUUUCGCCAGUUACGUUAUUCCAGGGCAUUCUUUCUAGCCGUGUCGAUGGUUAUUCGCUUCUCUUUUUCAAAAGUUGGAAAAAAACCGUGGAUCAAAAUUCAUACUUGGCUCCAAGGAUGACGGAAAUUAAGCAAAAGUAAUGAAUUAACAAUCACUGAAACUGAAUGCGAUUUCUUAUGUUUUAUUCCCCUCAGCCUCGGUCCCAAGUAUAUGCCUUGAUAAUUCGAAAACUCCUUUUGGGCACAUUCAUACGUCACAAAAUUUGAUUGUUCUUAACCAGCCCCAAGUUAUGAACUGCGACUUUUUUUUGUACCCCCUUCGUCUGACAUUUAGAGAGCUUCUAAGACGAGAACGACUACAAGUUUUUCCCAAUGCUACGUUGUGCUCGCGAGUGAACCAGCGUCGUUUUGGCGGGAAAACGUGAUAGCCGUCGUCAUUCUACUACGAGUUUUACCGAGAAUGUCGUAGUGGCGGAAACAAGUUAUCAAAUGUACGAAGUUUGAUCGUUUUGCAAACGGUGGAGGGAUUAACCUCCUCCAAUAAAGGUAACGUUUGUGCCAACGUUUCAUGUGAAAAUGAGUACAUUGAAGCAUUCCAGGGUGUUUAUUUUUUAAAAAUACGCGAAAAAACUGUAAAUCAAAUUUCGUACUCGUAGUCGUUCUCUUCCUCAAAUCUAAGGUCUCUAUAAUAUUAAAUCAGAACCUAUCUGAAGGUUUGGUAUGCAAUUCACUCUGACGUACUUAAGUUGCUUAGUUAGAUUUUUCUAGAUUUUGUACUUCAGGUAGCUGUUAAUGUUAAUCAGUUUUUUUUUCAAUAACUAUGUGGCAUAGCAACUACAUGGGAUGGUUCUAGUUUGUGACAUGUUAUUGGGUUAUUUAUUUUUAAGUUAGCCAACUACUGAAACAAAGUAGCGAUUUCUUUAAUGAGCCAUUAUCGAGUGACUCUGUCAGUUAUCUCUUUACGUUCUGCAGCAUGGGCAUUAAUUGUCGACCGUGCAAAAUAGGUAACACAGUCGCUCUCGCAUCAAACGCUUUUAAGCCUAACUCCUGCACUUGUCUUCUGAAAUACUCCUAAAAUGUCGAUUAUUUUGUCACGUUUUGUUAUACACAAUGAUCGACUAACGGUGUCAAUUACUGAAUGAUAUUUUUUUCUCUCUGCUUAUCUGUUCGAUUAGCCACAUGUCAGUUAAUCCAGGGGCCUUGGAUUCUGGAUCCCACGCCGUGGAUUCCCGAUUCCAGGUGCUGGA